AUGGCAGACUAUGGUGCUGGUGGCGGUGCAGCAAUUUCUCUUUCACAAGCCUCUGCCGACGACUCGGAGCACAGCCCCAGGAGCCUCCCCACACUCACCGGAAGCGCGAGUGGAGGAGGAGGAUGUUCGUCGUCCAGGCACAAGAACAUGGUAUCACCGUCGGGUGAGAUUAUCAUCUCAAACUCAAAGAAACCGAGAGGGAGACCGCCGGGGUCCAAGAACAAGCCCAAAGCCCCGAUUGUCAUCACAAAGGACUCGGAGGCAGCGAUGAAGGCGGUGGCCCUCGAGAUCUCCGGCGGGUCCGAUGUGGUGGAGACGAUUGAACAGUACGCUCGAAGGCACCACGUCGGGAUCAGUGUGUUGAGCGGUUCAGGGACGGUGUUGAGCGUCACGUUAAGGCACCCAGCUGGGCCCCAUGCCCCGUCGCUGUCUCUUCAGGGGCCCUUCAACCUCCUCUCUCUCUCUGGUUCUUACAUAGACUCCUUCCCGACCAUCAUCACUUGCUCUUCUUCUCCUGCCGCCGGAAGUGCUGGUGGUGGUUCAGCGAAUGUACCGACGUCCGGGACUUGUUCACUGCUGGCUUGUGCAUCGUUCGGGAUAUGUCUUGCGGGGGCGCAAGGGCACGUGUUUGGAGGGAUUGUUGGGGGGAAGGUUGUGGCGGCGGGUACUGUGAUCGUUGUGGCCGCCACGUUUCAGAAUCCGACGCUUCAGAGGUUGCCUUUGCCUGUUGAAAGUGGCGACUGCGGUGGCGGUGAGUAUGAUCGAAGGUGA